UGAGAUACACACACUCUGGGUGCUUUCUCUAGGAAAAUCCCAAGGAGAGGGUAGUGCCUGUAAAGCUCUGCCUGGAAGCCACAGAGGGCAGGUACUUGGUGGAAAACUCCAGUGUGUGAUUCACCCUCCUCCCGUGCCCUCAUCAGUGAGGCCAACACCCCUCCUGAGUUUUCAGCCUCCAGCCUGGGAGUUUGUGGCUCCCCCCCUACUGCUCUGACAGAGUGGCUUUCUGUCUGUGAGUCCCAGGACAACUUGGAUGGGAUUCCAUACUGGGAAGAACAGGAGUGAAUGUGGAGGACGUUCUCCUUUCAGGUGCCCGGGACUGACCCAUGUAUGGAGCUGAGCUGGCUGCAGGGCAGUGAGGAAGAUUUAAAGCCCAAAGAGGAGGUGUGAGUUGCUUAAGGUCACAGAGCAAGACCCAGCUCCACAACUUAUUGUCUUGACUUUGCCUCUCCCGACAUCUUGCCCCAUCCCACGGGGCCUCCCAACUCACUAUCUGGCUAUGGACAAAAAAGUGGCAGUUCAUGAGGAUGGGCCUCCUGUGGUCUCCUGGGUGCCUGAGGAGGGAGAGAUGUUGGACCAGGAAGGCGAGGACCAGGUGAAGGAUCGGGGCCAAUGGAACAACAAGAUGGAGUUUGUGCUGUCAGUGGCCGGGGAGAUCAUUGGGCUAGGCAAUGUCUGGAGGUUUCCCUAUCUCUGCUACAAAAAUGGAGGUGGAGCCUUCUUUGUUCCCUACUUCAUCUUCUUCUUCAGCUGCGGCAUCCCGGUAUUCUUCCUAGAGGUGGCCCUGGGCCAGUACACUAGCCAAGGCAGCGUCACUGCCUGGAGGAAGAUCUGCCCCCUCUUCCAGGGUAUUGGCCUGGCAUCUGUGGUCAUCGAGUCCUAUUUGAAUAUCUAUUACAUCAUCAUCCUUGCUUGGGCCCUCUUCUACCUGUUCAGCUCCUUCACCUCUGAGCUACCGUGGACAACCUGCACCAAUUCCUGGAACACAGAGCAUUGCAUGGACUUUCUGAACCACUCUGGAGCCCCCAGUGCAGUGACCCAUUCUGAGAAUUUCACCUCGCCUGUCAUGGAAUUUUGGGAGAGACGGGUUCUGGGCAUCACCUCAGGCAUCCAUGACCUGGGAACCCUGCGCUGGGAGUUGGCCCUGUGUCUCUUGCUUGCCUGGAUCAUCUGCUACUUCUGCAUCUGGAAGGGAAUCAAGUCCACAGGCAAGGUGGUUUAUUUCACAGCCACAUUUCCCUACCUGAUGCUGAUCAUCCUACUGAUCCGAGGUGUCACCCUUCCUGGAGCCUAUGAGGGCAUCAUCUACUACCUGAGACCAGACCUGCUUCGCCUCAAGGACCCCCAGGUGUGGAUGGACGCGGGCACCCAGAUCUUCUUCUCCUUUGCCAUCUGCCAGGGCUGCCUCACUGCCCUGGGCAGCUACAACAAGUAUCACAACAACUGCUACAGGGACUCCAUCGCCCUCUGCUUCCUCAACAGUGCCACCAGCUUUGUGGCGGGCUUUGUUGUCUUCUCCAUCCUAGGCUUCAUGUCCCGAGAGCAGGGAGUGCCCAUUUCUGAAGUGGCUGAGUCAGGUCCUGGUCUGGCCUUCAUCGCAUUCCCCAAGGCUGUGACUAUGAUGCCCUUAUCCCAGCUGUGGUCCUGCCUUUUCUUCAUCAUGCUCAUAUUCCUGGGACUGGACAGCCAGUUUGUCUGCAUGGAGUGCCUGGUGACAGCCUCCAUGGACAUGUUCCCCAGGCAGCUCCGGAAGAGCAGGCGGCGCGAGCUGCUGAUCCUCGCCAUUGCAGCGGCAUGCUACCUGAUAGGGCUCCUGUUGGUCACAGAGGGCGGGAUGUAUAUCUUCCAGCUGUUUGACUACUAUGCCUCCAGUGGCACAUGCCUGCUCUUCCUCUCCGUGUUUGAAGUUAUCUGCAUCAGCUGGGUGUACGGGGCGAACCGUUUCUAUGACAACAUCGAGGACAUGAUUGGCUACCGGCCGUGGCCGCUGGUGAAGAUCUCCUGGCUCUUCCUGACCCCAGGGCUUUGCCUGGCCACUUUCCUCUUCUCCUUGACCAAGUACACGCCUCUCAAAUACAACAACGUCUACGUGUACCCUCCCUGGGGGUACUCCAUUGGCUGGUUCUUGGCCUUCUCCUCCAUGGCCUGUGUCCCACUUUUCAUUGUCAUCACCCUCCUGAAAACCCAGGGUUCCUUCAAGAAGCGCCUGCGACAGCUCGUCACCCCGGACUCCAGCCUGCCACAGCCCAAGCAGCACACACGUCUGGAUGGAGGCACCAACCAGGGCUGCAGGCCCUCCCUAACGAAGGAUGGACUCAUUGCUGGGGAGAAGGAGACCCCCUUGUAGGAAGUGACCAGAGCCUAGGUCAGGGCCACCCUCCACCCAGAGGGAACAGCCCUCUCCUCUGACCCCUGCCACAGUCCUGCUGAGAACCUCUGAGGGUACUGCAGGCAUCUGCACCUGGAGGCCACCCACUGUCCUCUCAGCAGUGCUCCAGGCAGCUAUGCUUGCCAUCUGCUUCUGAUCCAACCUGCCAACUUCACGGAUGAGGAGACUGAGGACCAGAGGCAAAGUGACUUUCAAGUUUGUACAGCUUCUUAGAGCCAGAGUCAUGACUCAGACCUGGCGUCCUGUGAGCAGGCCGGUGUCCCUCCCUCCAUGCCCUGCCUUAAUUAACAAGCACAUAUAGACCACCUUCUGCCACCCGCUGGUCUUCUUUGCCUUGCCUCAUAUUUGCUCAGUCACACUGUCUUGGCGUGGGAGGGAGGAAGGGAGGGCCCUUCUCUGGACUGUGUCCUGCCUUGGGAUCCCCUCUGCCAGCCCAUACCCACUGACCGGAUUCCUCUAGGGGUGUUUUGCUGCUCUCCAUGUUCUCUGCCCUGAGGGUGUCAUGGGAUCUCACUGAGACAGGAGCAUGGUGGGGUCCUCUUCUUUGCCCCCUACACAGCUCCUUCCCUUCCUCCCCCUUUUCCCUCCCCUCCCCACAACCCUACCUAGUCACUCCUGCUCCUUCCCUGGCCAGGGAGGCUUCUUGCUGUAGGAAUGUAGGGUGUGGAUAAGUUCAUGUUCCUAUGUUCAAAAAGGAACGAAGGAGAGGGAGUUGGAUGGGACACUUCAAGAUAGUGUCCUGGGGCACAGGAAGCCACUUGGGGGGAGCAAUGCAUAGACAGAUGUCACCCAGAGCCACUGUUCAGUGGCCAGAGUAAUAACUUAUGGUCUGGCCUGGGCGAGUUCCAUCCGUGAUAGUCCCCAGGCCAUCCUCACAGCACCCCCCACUCUUCACCCAGGUUUGUGAGUGCUUUCCUGUUCAAGAGGGUGAGUCCAUUGGUAUAGUGGGCACAGCAAAUGCCCCCGCUUCUGGCUUCUUGCAGCCCCCUUCUGCAUUCCUCUUCCUCUGGCCUGCUCUGUGCACCUGUACUCAUCUUUCUUGGACCUGGUAGUGGGGAAAGAAGGAGGUCCAAGAGAAAGGGGUAUGGAGAGACUCUACUUCAGCCAGAUGCUCCACUGCUGAGUCCACGGUCCUUGUGAAAACCAACUGCGGAGCUGACAUGGUGUUCUCUGCUGCCGCCUGGUGGCACAGGAGAGUAGGGCUGCAUCCCGCUUGUGCCCAGCCCUCUGGCAUGCCCUACAAGCAGGACAACACUCCCACCUGCUCCCUUGCAGAACGAUGGAGCAGCUGAGACAGGAAAGGUGAUGAUGGCUAUCCUUCCCUGUAGAAGCUAUAGAAGUCAAAGGCUUCCUAUGUCCAUCUCCCCUUGGCCCUGGUGGGAAGUGAUGGAGGUGGGCUUCCCAAGAGAGUAAGUAUGGGGGCAGAGGCCAGCCUCCCCCCGCUGCACCACCUUCUUGAGCCUCUCCUUGGAAUGCUACACUUUCCAUGGUAGGCCACCAGAGCAGUUCUGCACGUGGAUGGAACCCCAGUUCUCUCCAUCCUUCACAGUCUCCGGUCUUUGUAGACACUCAUUUCCCUUAUCCAUUUUCCUUCACCCAGUAGUGGAGCUGCCCCAGAUCUCUGGCUUGAAAUUCACAGCUGCCUGGGAAAGUUCCUGUGCAUGUCACUGUAGGAGGCAGGGGUCUGCAACAUUUGGUCCCUCUACCUCCUGCACUCCCUGGGCCAGUUCAAAGGGAGUUGGAGAGAACUAGGAGCUAGCAGGAGGGACUUCAGACCAAUGUCACAGCUCAUGGAAAACCACCUUUCAUGAGUCCUUGAUAAAAGCAAGGGCAAGGAGCAAUGACUUUACUCUUUAAAGCAGCCAGAACACUAAUACAGGUGUGUGUAUGUGUGUGUGCAUGCACAUGUGUGCACAAGGAGCAGCUGUGGGUUGUAAUUUGGGGUCUCUUUUCAUCUCAUCUCCUAUGGCUGUUUGAGUUUUAGAUUGGUGGUCAAAGGCCUAAUCUGGCAGUUAUUGGCCAGUUUCUGGUUUAUUUGGCCAGUGUAACAUUUAGUAAAAUGUUUUUUUUAAAAUAUAUUAGUUAUAGAUGGACACCUUUAUUUAAUUUAUUUAUUUUUAUGCAAUGCUAAGGAUUGAACCCAGUGCCUCACACGUGCUAGGCAAGUGCUCUACCACUGAGCUACAGUCCCAACCCUAGAAAAGUGUUUUAAAUAAAUGCCUUUAAUCACUCUCUGUUUUGCCACGGGUUCUACCACUCCCUGCCGUGAAACCUGAACUUUUUACACUUUCAUGUCCGAGUGCAUCUGAAUUCCUAACCUGGGUGGGCAGUGGAGGAAGCUAGACUCUGUCUUGAGCAGGAGGGGAAAAACAGAGGACAGUGGCUGCAGGAACCUCGUGAGUGGUGGUCCCUGGAUGUCUGGUUCACGUGUGGACUUCAUCAACCCUGGAAUGAUUCCCUUUCCCACUCAGACUCUUCCCUUUCCCAGAGAAGGCUGGUGGCCAACUUUAAUUUCAAAGGUAGAUUGGAAGUAUCAGACCACAGCAGCUCCUAUAUGGCGGAGUGGACUCCAGAGUGGAACUAUCCAUGUGGACACUCAUGCAACCCACAGAGAGGACCACGUGGAGGGAAUUGAGGCCUCCUGCCAAUGGCCAUCACCAACUUGUGGACCAGCUGAAUGAGUCACUGUGGAAGUGGAUCCACUGGUCCCAGGCAAGCCCUCAGGUGACUGUAGCUGGCUGACAUAGGGCCUGAGACCUCAUGAGAAGCCCUGUGCUACAAACCUCCAGCCAGGAGGGCCCUGGUUCAAAGUGAAGAAUCAGAAAUGUAUAUUGUGGUUUUAAGCCAUGAUGUUUUGGAGUAAUUUGUUAAGCAGCAGUAAAUAACUAACACUGUCCUUGGCUUCCAGGGUAUAAGAGGCAACCACUUUGAGGGGCAGGCAUAGCCCCUCAUCUGAGGGUCUCUGAGCACACUGGGAAGAGGGAUGACUCCCAUGUUUUUCUGGUCCCCAAGCCUUUGCCCUUCUCCUUAUCUCUACCUCCUCUGGCCCCUCCAGAGCCUUCUCCUGACUCCCACUUGCCCUCCUCUCCUUGCUCAGAGGCAGGUAAGAGCUGGUUGCCUCUGUCCCUGCUGCCCUCUAUCCUCACAUGCCCCGUUCCCUGGUGACUGAGCCUACGUGGCUUCCCUGCGGGUUUAGUUGCUCAGUGAAGUAACCAGUGUUGAUUGGAUCUGACAGGGAUGAAAAACUUGCUAACUACCCAUCGAUACAGAGAGACCAAGGAAGGACAUGCGGGCUGGGGGAAGACAGAGGGAAACUGACAGGAACCAAGCCUGGUAAGGCGUGUGGGGUUGAGGUGGGUCGGUGCCCUGGGCCCUGAUGCUCUGCAUUCCAACUCUCUCUGCUUCCAGGCUGUCCCCCAGCAGGGUCAGUUUGCUUGUCUGGUGUGAAGAGCCUGUCAGGUGAGGGAGGUGAGCACAGUCAGAAAUCGCAGAGCUCCUUCCCUGCCCCACCAUGUCCAAUCCCACUGCUGUAACAAGAAUCUGGUCAAGAAUUCUUACGCAGUCACAUUCUGAGGUUUUCUCUGCCCACACGCCUCUCACCAGUGGAAGGCAGCUAGGGCCUGACUCUGAGGACAAUUCCAUGCUCCACAUCAGCAACACCCCAACCAGUAGUGGGAAAUUCCCUCCCAGCAAGACACCAACCCCUCCAGACUAAGCAGAGGUGUCCUGCACCAUGCCUGACCAGAGUUGGUCCUCAACAAGAGUAGUUGACAUUUGGGUGUAUUGUAAAGAGAAGGAUUCCAGGAGGAGAGUGGGACAAGGACGGAGCCACCAGGACAAGCUGGUGGUCAGCCAGCUGUCAGGAUACCUGGGUUCCCUGUCUGUCUGC